UAAACUCUCAUCAUCAUUCGACUCCUCUCACUUGCAUUCUCGCUCGGGCUAUUUUACCUCUCUCACCACCAGAAACAACAACAGCAACAAUAACCACUUCAGCAGUAGGAGGUAACUUCACUGUGCAACUACCUCCUAUCACCACCCACGCCGUCGCUCGCCACUGCCUCUGCCUCCGCCGCCUGCACCACCAUCCACCACCCUCGCACUACCCACCACCACCGACGACGUCUCCAGUAAUCGCCCGUGGCACGCCCUGUGUGCAACUGCCCCGGCAUUGACACCACCACCAACACCACCACCACCAUCGCCGCCGUCGCCGCCGCCACGACCACCACGAUCAACUAGCGCUCUCGAGUCGAGUUGCCAUUGCCCUCACAUCGAUCCUUCCUUCUCCGCCGCCAUGCUCCGCGCCGUGCUUGCCCCAUGACCACCAUGCAUUUCCUCAAUUUGCGCUCUAGACUGAAAGUCUAGCUCUACUAUAUCCAUAUCGACAACUGUCCGCCGGCCUCCCGGGCACCCGCUGGACUCGUCGUAUCCUUCCAGAACGCAUUCUUUUUGCAAUUGGCGCGAGCGACAUUUCCCACAAUGGUCAACACCAACGAUGGACCGCUAUCGCCCCUCAGCGAGGUGGCCAGAUAUUUCAUAGCCCUCAUCCCCAGCAAGGACUCAUUCAAGAAGCCGCACUUCAAUUACAUCACUCUGCACUACAUGUAUAUGGUGCUCAUGUCCAUCAUUGGCUCCAUCAUGCUGUUUCCCGCUGGACCGUCCGCACUGAUGGAGUACAUCGACGCUCUCUUCUUCGCGGCAGGCAUGGCGACGCAGUCUGGUCUCAACACCAUCGACGUGAACCUACUGCAUACAUACCAGCAAGUGGUCAUGAUGCUUCUGACGUGCUUGUGCACGCCCAUCUUCAUCAAUACCUGCGUGGUAUUCGUUCGGUUAUACUGGUUCGAAAAGCGUUUCGAACAUAUCGUCAAGGAAGCACGGGCGAAAGCGAAACGAGGAAGGAGGUUCACAUUAAGCCGAUCGAAAAGUCAGAUGCAGACAGAAAAGGAUCCGCGGAACAGCGCAGCGGGUAAGAUGGAGGCAGGCGGCGUGCAGGGGAAGCGGAUCAUCGUCAAUCCGGAAACCGCAAGGUUUAUUGAUCGCAAUGGUAACGACGAGGACACGGAGAAAAGGCGAGAACAAUUCAGAGAAAAGGUUGGUCCGAGCAUUGGUCUCGAGCCGAGCAAUGAUUCCCCGCUGGGGAGUACCUGUACUAGGACGAAUAGCAAGGACAAAGACGCGAACACUGCCUCCUCGGAUUCCACCGUCGCAGUGCCUGCUGUACAUGUCGAUGGAGAACAUGAAUACCCAAGCCCCAAGACACAGUCCCAGGCUCUCGCAGUGCCUAUUGCACAUGUUGAUGGAGACCUUGAACAUCCAAGCCCCAAGACGCAGUCCCAUGCUCUCGCCGUGCCUGUUGCACAUGUCGAUGAAGAACAUGAUCAUCCAAGCCCCAAGACGCAGCCCGAGACCCAAUUCAUGGGACUCAACCCCAAGCUGCUGCAUCGCGAAAUAACAUUCGCCGAUGAGGCUCCCCCAUUGGGCCGCGAGUCGCCAGAGCUCGCUCGUGUUCCGGAGCAACGUGACGUCUCGAAGCAUGUUGAGUUCCUGGAGCGACAGCAGGCCAAUGCGAAGAAGGGUGGCGCGCUGUACAUUCCUGGUCCGCGAGAUUUUGACAGAGGUGAAAAGCCGGAAGCAGUGGAUGAUGAUGACUUGGUGAUAUCGCGUCUCCAGAAGGCUUCGUCGUUCGGUGGACCCGCCCAUCGGUCGCGAAGCGAGGAUGGCCGUAGCGUAAUGUCGCAUGACGACCGCCAGGUACAUCGAGGUAUUACCAUCAACCUGCCGGAGCAUCCUGCUCACCGAGAGCGUGCUGCCACCAAAUCCAAGGACGACGAAGAGGACAUCGACGAAGACGAGGAGGAGAAGUCGAGAUUUGCUAGAAUGAUUUCUGGUCUCGAUCGUCGCCGUCACACACGGGUACCAAGUAUCUCUGAAGGUCGACGAAGUUUUGCCCGAGCCUGGACUAAUCUCACUGGACCGCCCAAAGAUGUGGAGCCGAUGCCCUACUUCAGCUGGACUGCCACUACGGGACGUAAUAGCAUUUUCAUGGGUCUGACCUCGGAGCAACGAGAAGAGCUGGGCGGCAUUGAAUAUCGUGCGCUGAAGACCUUGGCCAAGAUUCUCAUCGCUUACUACGUGGGCUUUCAUGUGUUGGGAAUGGUAGUCUUGCUGCCAUGGAUCAGGUACACGCAGCCAUGGAACGGGGUCGUGGUUGAGGAUGGUCAGAAUCCCAGCUGGUGGGGAGUGUUUACACCAGCUUCCAUGUUCAAUGACCUGGGCUUCACUCUCACCCCAGACUCGAUGAUCAGCUUCCAGUCAGCCGUGCUGCCUCUCCUUUUCGGCUCUUUCUUGAUCAUCAUUGGCAAUACGGGGUUUCCCUGCAUGCUUCGCUUCAUUAUCUGGACCCUAUCCAAAAUUGUAUCCUAUGAGAGCGAAAUGUGGAAAGAACUUCGUUUCCUGCUCGACCAUCCUCGCCGCUGCUUCACGUUGUUGUUUCCGAGCAAGGCAACAUGGUGGCUCUUCUGGGUGUUGAUUGGACUCAAUUUACUCGAUCUGGUCUUCUUCAUCAUACUGGAUAUCAAUCAGCCCGUCGUGAGCGACCUUCAUCCGGGAGUUCGAGUCCUCAACGGAUGGUUCCAAGCCACAUCCACUCGAACUGCUGGCUUCGCAUCUGUCAAUCUCGCCGACCUCCACGCUGCGAUUCAAGUGAGCUACAUGAUCAUGAUGUACAUCUCCGUCUUUCCCAUCGCUAUUUCCGUGCGCAGGACGAAUGUAUACGAAGAGAAAUCGCUCGGCAUCUUCGGCGGCGAGGAAGAUGUAUCGGGUGAGGGUGAACAGAGCUACGUCAGCCAGCAUUUGCGUAGGCAGCUGUCCUUUGACUUGUGGUACAUCUUCUUGGGACUUUUCAUUAUCGCCAUUGUCGAAGGCGACCGGAUUUCGAAUACGAACGAGCCUGCCUUCACGAUGUUCAGCGUACUUUUCGAAAUCGUGUCUGCGUAUGGCACCGUGGGACUAUCGCUGGGAUAUCCUGGGAUCAAUGCUUCGUUCUCGGCAGAAUUCCGGACCAUCUCCAAGCUCGUCAUCAUUGCCAUGAUGAUCAGAGGUCGACAUCGCGGUCUUCCAUAUGCCCUCGAUCGUGCCAUUCUGCUGCCUAGUGACAAGCUACAGCAGAGGGAGCAAGAAGAAGCGGAGCGACAACUGGUUCGCCGCGGCAGCAUGUUCGCCGAAGAGAACCAGAACAUGUUUCCCCGCAACAAGACGUGGGAACAAGGUGAGCUCGACCAAUGGGGGUUGCCCGCGCAGCAUACUCGACCUCAUAGUCGAGCCGACCAUGCGACGACAGUCGGCUCGGGUGGGGAUCAUGAGCCGGAAGGUCUGCGCAGGGUCGUCACGAGAAGGUCUACGGCAUUGUCGAACAAAUCGGGCACUGGUGCUGUUCCCUCUUCCCCUUUGCGAACGCGAGGCCGCAGUCUGAGUCGAGUCAUUGUGGGAGGAUUGAGUGCGGGACCUACUUGGUCGAAACGAGAUUAGUAGUCUCGUGGAGAUGCGUAGUGGCUGUUCCCUUUUUCGAUUUCAUUUCACUCAUUUGCUGCCUCUUUUCCAAUUCUUUGUGGGAGUGAAAAGAGCAGCUAGUAACAGUUGGUUGGAGCGUUUUUAGCGAGCUUGCCAGAAUACCACCCGCCACCAGGGACCACCAGUUUGGGAUAUAGAUGGGGAUGAUGAUGAUGUGUAACAAUAGUUGUAUAUUGGAAAAAAACAAUCCACGGC